ACACGACGGUUCGGCCUAAAGUCUUUAUCGCUUGACUGCGUCUUGCCUAUUCUCCUUUUCCUGUCUUCAAGCCGCAAGUCGCGCUUUGCAUUCUUUACGAUAAACGUUUUCUACACGACCUCUCUCACUUUUCAUUCCAAUCAUGAUUGCCGGUCUAUCCAAAGCCGUGGUUUUAUACCUUACGCCGCUGCUUGCUUUGACUUCUCUUAUCCUCUCUUACUUGGCAUUCUUGGCUCCGAGUCUUUUGCUUGAGGACAGGGUUGCACUGUUCACUAUUACCCCAUCCUCGAAUUCUUCAGAUGGAACUGAUGGAGCAAGUCUUUUCUUGGGACUGCUCGGAUCGUGCUCUCGACCGACGAACGACGCUGCGAUCAAUUGUACCGUUGCUGCCCUCAGGCCGACAUACGACUUUUCUGAUCUACCGGCCGAUGUGCCUCAGAUCCUUAUAUCUUCUCCGCCCAGUGCAGGGGCUUUCGUUGCUGUUUCACUGGGCUUUUCUUCCGUCUUCUUCCUCGUUUACACUGUGGCGUCUUUCCGACACAAAAUGGGAGAGAAAAUGGCUGCUACCAUGGACAAGCCCCUUAUUCAGAGGCUAACUGCCUGGAUGGGCUUCAUAGGAUUCUUCAUCGGAUUCACUACGCACAUGGUCGUCAGAAUGUGGUUUGACAAGACGGUCAGCGAUUUUAACGGCAGCGUCGCCGCAGGCGUCAAUGCCGUGGCCAGCAUUGGUAACGCCUUCACCAUGGUCUGGGUAGCUAAUGCCUUUUUGGCUGUGCCUGUUACUGUAUCCCUUUCAAAGUUGCACGUCAAGGCUUCCAAGUGAUCCAACUCCGCGAUUUUUUACAUCCACUCUUUAUUAACGACCUUACGAACUCUUGGGACUUUGGACACUUUUGGACACUAACACUUACAGUGUAUCG